AUGGCCGAAAUUUCUGAAGAUGAGCAAUGCAAUUUGACAACAACUCCGACCAAAAUCAGUGUCUGUGAGGUAUAUUUUUUCACUUUCAAACUGUUGAUUUUUGAAUUAUUGAAAAAUUAAACUUUGAAGGAUCAGAAAAAGACCACAUGAAAAUCAGACAAUUUUUAAAACGUGAACUUAUUUUAUUUUUCACGUUGUAAAUUUUGUCUGCGCUCGCUCAUUUCUUAUUUUUUUAUUAUGAGCAACUAAAUCAAUCGUUUUCGAAUUUUCAGUCGACCAUCGAAGAAAAAGAAAAAACCGAAUGUGAAACCGAAGUUGAAUGUGAUGGCGAAGGAAAUCAAAAAGAUUUGAUCUCUGAAAUUGUUGAACCACCAUAUCUAAAAACUCGAAGGAAAUCACCAAGACGACCUGAAGUUGCCGCUUCCCGUCUUCCACAUCAUGUUCUAAUUCAGAUAUUUCAAUAUCUUGGCAUGAAAGAUCUCCAAUCUUGUAUGUUGACUUGUCAUUGUUGGAACAAUGCACUUUCUGUUGAGGUUGGUUUAAAUAAAACCUUCAAAAAUCCUCAAUUUUCUAUUUUCAGGAUAGCGCUGUAUGGCAAUAUUUAGUCAGUCGAAAUGUGCCCGAAGCUGCACUUUCCGAUCCGUUUCUCCUCGCUGAACUAACAUCUUCCAAGAAAAAGUUACGAGCUUGGUGUUUCUCUUGGAAUGCCAAUGAUAUAUCAAGAAAUAACUAUAUCCGAACCAAUGGAUUCACUGUUCAUCGUCAACCGGUUGCACAAUCGACUGAUGGAGUUCGCGGAAAACGCGGUGUUUCACACGGUGUUCAUGCUUUUGAUAUCAUUUGGGAAGGACCGUUGGGAACUGUGGCGGUUAUUGGAUUUGCGACAAAGUAAGGGGGUUUUGGGGACGAUUUUCAACCCAAAAAUAAAUUUUCAGACACGCUGCUCUUCACUGCGUUGGAUAUAUUGCAUUGUUGGGAAGUGAUGAACAAUCAUGGGGUUGGAAUUUAGUUGACAAUGUUUUGAUGCACAAUUCACAACAACUCGGAAUUUAUCCGAAAAUGAACAAUCCGCCGAAAUAUGAGGUUUGUUUUUGAAUAACAUUACAAAGUAGAAGGAAUAUUUCUUUGUAGCUGAUUAAAAAAUGUUUCAGAAUUCAAAAAUUCAAAGAAACUAAAUAAAAGGGAAUUUUUUCUAUUUGAAAAAUUCGUUUUGUUCGCUGGAAAAAUUUUAUUGAUUUUUUCAACUAAAAAUGUUUCCAUAUAACAAUGAAACAUGAUUUUUAAAUUAAAUGUUUCUAGAUGGGCGAACGUAUUCGUCUUGUCAUCGAUUGCGACAAACACGUUGCAUAUUUCGAACGUGGCUCCGAAUUCCUUGGUGUCGCAUUCAGUCAUUUGCCACCGGUUCGACUUUUUCCCGCUGUUUGUGCGGUUUAUGGAAAUACAGAAGUAUCGAUGGUUUAUGUUGGAAGUCCCCCAAUGGGAUGA